AUGGCGACGUUGGAGAAUAAACCGAAGAUUGUGUGGAACGAAGGGAGACAUAGAUUCGAGACUGAAGAUCACGAAGCCUUUAUAGAAUACAAGAUGAAGAACAACGGGACUGUUAUGGACUUGGUUCGAACUUAUGUCCCGUCUUCUAAAGGAGGGUUAGGUUUGGCUUCGCAUCUUUGCGUCGCUGCCUUCAAACACGCUUCCUCUCACUCCUUCUCCAUCGUCCCCACUUGCUCCUACGUUUCCGAAACGUUUCUGCCUCGAAACCCGUCUUGGAAGCAUCUGGUUUACUCAGAGGAGUCCAAGAUUCUCAAAUCUAGCAUCUGA